UCUCUCUCUCUCUCUCUCUCUCUCUCUCUCUCUCUAUCUCUAUCUCGCUCCCUAUCUUUCGUACAAAACACCAUUCGGAUUGCAACUAUUUUGAAUUUAAAUACGAUCCGUGCUAAGCCGUGUGUGUGCGUUUUCAUAGUUGGCAUUGAAUUGUAAUUUUGUGUAUGUGAUUUGGAUGGGCUUUGAUUUCAUGUGAUUGAUAAUAUCGACAAAUCAAAGCUAAUUGAGUGAUGAUUACCGUGGUCUUUAAAUCAGUCAGGAUAACAAAUUGUGAAUGUAUUAAAUGAAAUUUUGUGAUAAAUAAACAUCAAAUUAGAGGGCAUUUGUUUUAUUGAUUUGUACAUUGGAUUUUAUGUCGUUUCGUAGUUUCUCUUUCUCCCUCUCGUUCUGUGCCUCAUUUUUUAUUCGUCCACUUUGAAGCGUAGUUUUUAAAUUAUCCUCUCAUAAAUUAUGCACAAACUUUGCUCAAUUUGUCGUUCAAUAGACGUGUUGACGUGAGUGUAAUGAUAUUGUCGCAACACGCAUUGAAUCAUUAAUUAUUGCGGUGGAUAAAAAUGUCGGGUGUGCAAAUAUCUUGAACGAAACAAAAGCAUACACACACACACACACAAUACCGUUUGAUUAGUUUGCGCUUCAUUUUCAAAAUUGAAUGCAAACAGAUAAGACAUGAUAAGAUAAGCAUUUUGUGAAUUUGUUGCGUUUUAAUGACUUUUGCGCUUGUCUCGAUUCGAAAGCCAUUGAAAGCGAAAAAAAAAACGUACAAACAUCGCAUCAUCUGAUAAUUGAUUUCCAGUUAACAUAUCUGUCAUUCAAACGGCUAUAGUGUCGAUCCAAUAUAUACUUGUGUAUUUCCACGUCCAAUACAUUAUAUUAAUUUCUGUGUGAAUUUUAGUCGAUUUUGAUCGAAUCCCUUGUGAGACACUUUUCUAUUUACCAUAGUGACUAGAUUUAUGAUUAACUAAGUGUGAUUAAUAGUCAACUGAUUUGGGACAUUUUGACUAGAGAUUUUGUGCGUAAUUUAACUGGAAUUUCAAUCAAUAUACAGCUGACUACAUUUAACUGACUAAACCGGCCAAUUUGAUUAAAAUGAUUUAACGUUUUUCUUUUAAAUGGAACAAAAUUUCAAUUAUAGUUCGUAGGAAAAAAAAAAUCCAGCCUGAAUGUCUCAAAACAGGCGUUGAUAUUUUUGCACAAGGUAUCAUCAAUAUUGGAUUUGUAUAGAACUUUGGACUGCUUUCAAUUUACACAUUGAAUUUUAUUGUAUUCCGAUGUGAGUGUUGUCGAACAACCAGAUUGCAUAAAAAUAAACAAUUUCCGUCAAGUUAACUGAACUGUGUGCACUUUAACAAAGUGGAUAACGAAAAAGUGCGCAAAUAUUUUGCUACCAACAAAGAAGCUGCUGUUACCGCUGUUGGUUAUUUAUACUCUUUAAUUGUAUUUUUAUGUCUGCUGCGGCGGCGGUGGUGGCGGCCACAACAGCAACGUGUUCAUAUACAGUCAUUAAAUCGACAACGUCAAUUAAUAGGGUUUGAGUUGCAUGGCGACAAUUUGAAUCAUUGAAAACAACUUCAAUAAAAUUGACACGGUGUUAGACCGUGCUUUGAUAACGUGCAACAAAGUAUCAUACAUACACACAAAAACCGCUGGAACUGAAAGGGUUAAGGCAUCGGCUGUUGUUGUGUAUUCGGUUUGAAUUUUUUUACUUUCUACAUCAAGCAAAAAGUGGAGCGUAAAUGUGAAAAUCAGAGAAAUGCGAAUAAAAACCUUCUCAAUAGUAUUCGGCUGUGUCGUGAUCACCAGUUAUGUAUUUGUUAUGAUAAGUUCGACCCGAGAGCAAAAUGAUUCAAUUAAAACGAUUGUAACACAAACUCAUCAGCACUUCAAGGAAUUACAGGAGAACUUAGUAUCGAAUAAAAAAAUAUUGGAAAUCGAUCCCAAGUAUCUGAUUGUAUUAGGAUUCGCAGCCCCUGCAGCAGGAGCAUCAUCUUCAUCAUCAUCAUCAUCAUCAUCAUCGUCGUCAUCAACACCACUGUUGUCAUCACCGUUGCCGAGACAAGCACCCUCAAAUCACAGCAAAUCCAAUUUCACCGUUGUCAGCUAUGUGCUCAAUGGGCAAGCAGCAUCCGCAAUAUCGCUCAUACAAAAUAUUGCCAGCAAACUUCCAAACGAAACGUUAAUAUUGUACGAUAUUGGAUUGUCAGACGAUGAUUCACGUGCACUGAACACAUAUUGCAACAAUACAAAAUGCACUGUGAUUGUAUACGAUUUAUCACAAUUUCCGGCUUAUGUGAGCGAUGAACGAAUGCAUGCAUUUCGGCCGCUUCUCAUCAAAGAUGCGCUCAAUCAUUCGAAAUCCGUUUUAUUCAUUGAAAAUAAUGUACGGAUACGCAGCUUAACCAAUGAACAUCGGGCCGAACUCUUCCGCCAUGUAAAUGGUAGCGGUGUCCUUGGAUGGACCACCAGAUUGGCUGUGUCAAGUCGAACACAUCCAAAAAUGUUUUCUUACUUUCAAACCGAUGCCGAAAAUUUCAUGUUUUUGCCAAUGGUUUCAAUGGAUGCCGUUCUAUUCAUCGACUCUGAAUUGGUCAACGAAAAGAUUCUGUUACCGUGGAUAAAAUGUACACUUACAUUAGAAUGUAUUCACCCGAUAGGUGCCCAAUCCGGUGGUUGCAGGUUUAAUAAAAAACCAUUAUAUAGAUACUCCGGCUGUCAUGCAUACGAUGUAUCUGCCUUCAAUAUAGUCCUCGGCCUUACGUGGAAUUUCGAUGAAACAAAAUACUCCUUACGUGGUGAAUCCAAUUUUUACUACUUAGAAACGCUCGAACAAGCAACUAAAAUCCUAGAGAACAAACGCAAGAAUAUCAGCGACACGUCUGAGCAUCUCUUUACAAAUGAUGACUAAGUGCGAUAAGAUCCACGACCACGCGUCUAAUCAGCUAGAUUAAACCGAACCGUGUAAUGUGAAUGCGAUGAUAUGUACGGAUUGUUACGUCAUUAAAAUUACAACACCAACAUGAACAAACAAAGAAAAAAAUUAAAGGAAACAAAACGUUCAACAACUAUGGAAACGUGCGGUUAAUGUUAAAGAUAAAAUGAAAAUGAGUGAUCAAAGUGCGUCAUCGACAAUAUAUUACUUAAGCUUUAAAAGAGGAGACGAAUUAGAAGAAGAAGAAGAAGAAGAAGAAGAGGAAUGAACAAAUCAAAUAGAUUAAAAUCAAACCAAUAAAUUAUGAUUUAAAGUCUUAGCGAAUACUUGACCGAUGCGUAUGUCCUUGAUUGAACUGCACGAAACGAAUGUCACAUGCUGUGUGACACAAUCACCGGAAUCUGAAUUUCCUGCGAUAAAAACAAAUCACAUAAACAAACACUUAGCAUUAGAAUGGGCAAUGAUAUGGCACAUUCAUGAACCAAAUAAAAAGAAAAGAGAAACAAACAAACAAUCGAUAAAUACAAACAAAAAGAAGCAACCAACACUGAACAGUAAUCAUUAACAAGUUUUGUCUUAUUUAGUUUAAUUUGUAAUGAUUCAUUUUGAUUUUUUUUUCUUUUUGAAGAAAUGCCGAUCUCUAUUUAUGAGCACAUUUAAUUUUUUUUAUUUUUUUUUUAGAUGUAUUUGUUAUAUUACAUUGAUUUUUUUUGUCUUGUGUAAAUUUUUGUAAAUAAACAAACAAGUGGUUAAUUUUUUUUACACGGUUAAAAUCGAAUUAAAAAAAAAGAAAGAAGAAAACAAAACUAAACGAACAAAACAUCUUGAGAUAGAAGAGAAGAGAACAACUUAUUCACUUAUGCAAAAUGAAAACAAAAAACCAAUGGAUUUAUUGUAAACAUAAUGAGAAAAAAAAAUACAUUAAUUGAAACAUGAACCAUUAGUCAUUUACGAUAAAAAAUAAAAUGGAAAUACUUAGACAUAAAUUUUAAAUUAAAUUCACUGGUUUAGUUUAGAGGCAAACAUUUAAAUUUAAUGGAUAAUUUCAAAAAAGGU